CAGCCCAUCUCUGUGCGCGUUGUUUCUCCGGAUCCUUCACUCCCCUGUGCUUUUUCCCCGGGAUUUUCCGCCCCAUCACCCCCAAAUUCAGCAACUAUCGAACCAAUUGACGUGUAAUCCCCUAUUAAACUCCGAAAAACCACGUGUAGUCCUCCAAGUGUUGUGUGUGCAAGUGAAACUGCUGUUCUAACCUUCGCCCGCUCAACAUGUUGAACAUCUGAUCGCUGUCUAAGGUAAGGUUGCAUCAUUCUCUCGAGUAAAAAUACAUAACAGACAGAUAAAAAUGUCUCACGUGUCGACAUCAUGAUGAAUGAAAUAAAUAAUUCGCGUUCAACGACUGAACAAAUUAGAAAAGUGAAGAAACGAUUCUGAAUAAUCGGUGAUUAACUUCGUGAAUAAUUAAAGUGUGAGUGAAACUGUUAGACAAAACUGCCCUAGAACAUAUUGACAACAAAGAGUUCUCUCAUAUGUUUAUAUAAUGCUCGUCUCGUUUGACAUUCGAUCGUCAUCCUGACGCAAAAUUACUCUCGUGCAAUAAUGGCAGCGUUGGCUCGAUUGAUGCCUGUGAUACUAGAAAACAAGAGAGUUUACCCCAGAACAAUUGAGAUAUUUGAAAUAUGUAGAUGGAGAUACUCGAGUUCAGGUAGAAAUACUGAUAAUGGGGAGGGGAGUAAAGGGAGACGGCCUAUUCUCAGUGAAAAGGUCAUAGAGGAGGCCUCAGACUCGAUGGAUGACCUGGUGGAGCCCACAAACUGCUGCAUGAGGGGCUGUGCCAACUGCGUGUGGAUUCGUUAUGCCGAGAAGUUGAGCAAAAGAUUAGCUGACAGUAACGCUGACAUUCAGAAGAUUAUUAUUGAAAAAGUUAAGGACCCUAAUAUGAAGGCUUUUCUGUCUAUGGAACUCAGAUGUCGAAAGAUUUGUUGAAGGGGUUAUUAAAGAUUGUUUAUUAGGAUUCUAGUAA